GGCUAGUAUUUUGUACGUGCCUACUCCGGUAGUGUUUGCGUACGCCUGUCUCUUUAAGAGUGAGGCAGUGGGGACGCAGCGAUUUCCUUGUUCAGUUUUAGUUCAGGAAGACCACGUCUCGAAAGCAGCAUGCAAACUUCCAGAGAAACUAAACUCACGGUGCUAGCGAUUCAUUUACUGUACUGUUGUGUGCUUGUCGUAUCAAAAGAAGGUACACCACAGCCGCCUCAUUUGGUGUUUAUUUUGGCAGACGACUACGGGUGGAACGAUGUGGGUUUUCACGGAUCAGAAAUUAAAACUCCGAAUCUGGACAAACUGUCCGCUCAAGGUGUCCGUUUGGACAACUACUACGUCCAGCCGCUGUGUACACCGUCCCGAAGCCAACUCAUGACAGGCAGGUACCAGAUCCACACAGGCAUGCAGCAUCAGAUCAUCUGGCCCUGUCAGCCGUACUGCGUUCCCCUGGACGAGAAGCUGCUACCUGAGCUGCUCAAGGAGGCUGGCUACUCCACACACAUGGUGGGCAAGUGGCACCUGGGCAUGUACAAGAAACACUGCCUUCCCACCCGCAGAGGAUUCGACACCUACUUUGGUUACCUAACCGGAAGUGAGGAUUACUUCUCUCACCAUCGCUGCGCAUUCAUCACUCCCCUCAAUGUGACCCGCUGUGCUUUAGACUUCAGAGAUGGAGAGGAAGUGGCCACGGGAUUUACAGGCAUGUACUCAACACACGUCUUCACUGAGAGAGCCACAGAACUCAUAGCCAAGCACGACCCUCACAAGCCCCUGUUCCUGUACGUGGCGCUGCAGGCUGUCCACGCCCCCCUGCAGGUGCCCGAGCGCUACCUGGAGCAGUACCGCUUCAUCCAAGAUGAGAACAGGAGGCACUACGCUGGCAUGGUGUCUGCGAUGGACCAGGCUGUGGGCAACAUCACUGAGGCUCUGCACACCAGUGGGCUCUGGGACAACACUGUGCUGGUCUUCUCUACAGAUAACGGAGGGCAGACGCUGUCCGGAGGGAAUAACUGGCCGCUGCGGGGCAGGAAGUGGUCCCUGUGGGAAGGAGGAGUGCGAGGGGUGGGCUUCGUCACCAGCCCUUUACUGAAGCAGAGCGGCGUGGUCAGCAGGGAGCUCAUCCACAUCUCGGACUGGCUGCCCACUCUGGUGGGGCUGGCCGGGGGCUCCACCAACGGGACCAAGCCCCUGGACGGGUUCGACGUGUGGAAGAGCAUCAGUGAAGGGAAACGGUCACCGAGAGUGGAGCUGCUGCAUAACAUUGACCCUCUGUACUUCGACAUUGCCCCAUGUCCUGACAGAGCCUAUAACUGGACUUCAGCCCCAACACUUGAUCAAGGUUCUUGGAGUCACUCCACCUUCAACAUUUCUGUGCACGCCGCCAUUCGAUCUGGGGAUUGGAAGCUGCUGACUGGAGACCCAGGUUGUGCCAGAUGGUUUCCUCCUCCAGAGCUGUUCAGCGGUGCAGAGCUGCUGUCGCCUGACUCGCCCAAGAAGAACGUGUGGCUCUUUGAUGUUGUUUCUGAUCCCGAGGAGAGACAGGACCUGUCGCACAAGCAUCCCGACAUUGUGGAUAAACUGCUCUCCCGACUUCAGGAGUACCAGGAAGGCUCUGUGCCGGUCGUCUAUCCUGACGAGGAUCCGAGGUGUGACCCCAAAGCCACAGGAGCUUGGGGUCCCUGGGCGUAGAGAACCAUUCUCCACCAAACAAAAGCGCUCUCAUCCACAGUGGCACACUGGGAUUUUUUCGCAUUUACCCACAAUCCUCUAUUUUAACUAAGGUUUUUAAAAUCCAUUUUGCUACCCCUUUAUUGACUUCAGUAUCAUUCUCACUGCCGCAUCCCUGACGCAUGGUUCUAGGCUUUGUUCAAAUUGAAAGCACUCUGGAGGUAAGACACAGUAGGGCAGCACUCUCCUCCAUACUGGUCACCCUGCAUUGGCUCUGUCUGCUGGGAGCAUGCACCUCUUGCACGCUGAUCUUCUCUGACUACGCCUUUCUGGCUGAAUGAAGGAAUGAAGCACACAGGGGAGCCAAGCACUUUCUGGAGUGGCAUAUUUAUAGCUGGGAGCAUAGCUUAUGUGAAAUUGUAGGUUUGGUAUGCUAUAACGAUUAAAUCAUUAGUAUAGCAUUAUAAGCUUAGCUCAUUUAUCAUUAUUACUGCCAUAAUUAUUACAGCCAUCUUCCAAUACACACAUUUGCCUUUAUACAGUAUGAUCUAAUAAUCCUCAUUAAAUGGUUAUAAAACUCAAAAUGUCCUAUGAUAACAUGGUUACUACGGCUACAAGCGAAUGACCAUGUGUGGUCCCUGUUAUGAUCCAUUACUUACAGUGUAUGGUGACUCCAGUUAUCCAGCAAUGCUGGAACAGUUACCCAUGUAUAGUGAAAACUCUUUAUUAACCUGUUAAGGGCCAUUGUCCUCAUUUGAGGACAGGCUACUUUGUAAUUUUGUGGAGUAUUUUUAACUGGCAUCUACCUGUUAUUUAAAUGGUAUCUCUUAACUAUAUUGUUAUGAUAACUUACUGCAAUUGUGUUUACUGUAAAAGUCAAGUCUAAAUGUAAUGUAUCAAAUUACACAAAAUACAGCUUGUGUUCUGAUUUUUUUUUAAAGAAAAAUACAUUUGGUACUUAAUGGGUUAAGGCCAGCAAAGCGCCUUAAACUAAUACCAUUGAUACCAGUUUAGCUCAUUUAUUUAACUUUAUUAAACAUCAUUUUAUUUUCAUGCAAAAUGAUUUCGCUUGUAGCAGUGGUGAAUGAGAGGACUUAUCCAGGACAAACUUGAGUUGUUACCAGCGCACUGAUAUGGAAUGGAGGCCCGCCCUGGAAUCCUCAGUUCCACUGCUGGCAGUUCUGGGGGUUGGGAGAUGUAUUAGCAAUGCAGAGGGGGCCACAUACUUACAGGGUUAACGCUGGAGUUUCAGGUCUUUCAAUUUCCACGUGUUUUGACUAUUGUGUUUCCUGUUAUGAAGCAGCACAGCAGAUUACAUGCUCCACCUCCUCAAAGAGUAUUCCAGUAUGGGUCACACUUUUCUGUGGCAAACACAAUGCUGAUUGAACAGGCUCAGUGCAAAGUAAGCCUUGUAUGUGAUGGUUUGAGAGCUGAACAAGCUGUUUUUUUAUGAACUGAUACAUUUCACUCAUCUCUCUAACAGCUGGCUGCAUAUCCUGUCAUUGCCCAUAAUCAUUGUAACCAUACCAUUGUAAAAUAUGAGCCUGUCGUUCAGUGUAUUUAGUCUGCUGUAAAAGACAUUGUGAUGCUUGCACGUGAAAUGUAUUAUAUUGUAUUGUAUUGAAUUGGGCAGGAAAUGAAUUUAUACUUGCCUUAGGCUUAAUUAGCUGUAACCAGAAAAUUCAUCCUGGUGUUUAAUUCAUGGUUGUUUUCUAGCAAAAAAGUGCCUUCAAUUACACUUUAUAACUGACCUGUUAUAAUUACUAUAUUCAUCAUGGCUUGAAAAGCAUCAUAUUUUUGCAUAAUUCUGAAUUGCACACAAAAAGAACCCAACAAUGACCAGUUCAUUCACCCUUGAAGAGAUGUUCUAAAUUGUGGUUAAUCUAACUGCUUUGUGUAACUGUCCACAUUAAACUGAUUAGCUAUAGUUCUCAGUUCCAGUGCCCCUGCUGUACAAUGGUGGCCAUUGGUCUACGCCGGUACUGAUAACAAACAGCACAUGAUGGCCAAUUGACUAGUUGUGUCCAUCAGAAAUGCCACUCUGCUGUGAGCUAUGGAGCUGGGGAGCCCCUCAAUCAGCAGCUAGGAGUGUUACCUUGUAAUAAUCCACUGUGCACACAAGAAGACCAGGAGAAGCGUGGAACGACACUGCUGCCUUGAGGAGCUACUUCACACGUGUUGACGUAGAUGAACAGCAAUCAAUUAUUAGAGAGAGACCGAUUCCAGAUUUACAAUGAGCCUGCACUCCAUCAUAAAAGCUCUGGCCACUUCGCGCCUGGUCUUGAUCUGGCUGUGCUGCAACUGAACCGGUUUACUGGGUCAUUUUCAGUGAUUUUUCAUACGUGGGAUUUAUUAAAAUGAAGGCUGUGUUCUUCACAAGGUGCAGACUUUGAUGAAACCCAUGCUACCCUGUUGUAAAUGUGUUCACAGACCUUUUGAUUUGAUUCAGAGAUCCCAUCUGUUCCACAAAUCAAAGCUCAUGCCCAUUUUCAAUACUGACCCGUUCCUCCCCAUCCCGCCUUUCAGCAGUGUUAUUAAUAUCAUGGGUGUGUCCAGAUCACCACCGGGAUGAGGGUUAGGGUUAGGGAAGCUCGGUUCGUGAACAGGCUUGUGUACCCGGUUUCUGUCGAUGCAGGUUGUAUCGGCCAGUUCCUCUGCUUUUAGAAGUCUGAAAUUUAAAAGCAUUUUAGGUAGCUGGACUUCUGAAAGAGGAUCUCCCUUAUGAAUUUUAGAGUAGCAUAUUUGUUUCAAGCUUUUAUCACUUAAUGUGACAGCUUUGAAUUCGUUCUUUGUUUUGGAUCAGCUGCAUGAAACUGCCUGACUGAGUGGGUGGAAUACUGAGUGCACGGAAGUUGUAAUCAGUCGUUUAUUAUGACUCGCAUUAUCGGAACAAUUCUCCAUGAAGUACAACAGUAGGGGGCUCAUGUCCAGCUUGCUUACAGCCAAUCAGAAAGACCUGUCGUGAUCUCGUUCUCCAAGUGUUAGCCAUAUACACUGUACAUGAUGAUGGUGAAGACAUGGUCCGUAUCAAAAGUAGUACCACAGCUGGCUGUAGGUGGCGCCACCUAUCUUGGGACGGAAUCAUGAAUUUUAUCAUGUGAUGCAUUAUACCCAUCUGUGGUAAAUACCACCUACACACCAUUAUACAGUCCUGCAAUGGUUUAUUUUCAUACUAUAGCUUGCCGAAUCUCCUUACCAACUUUCUUUCAACUACCUGCAUGUAAUGUAUGUCUGUAUAUUAUGAAGUAUUAGAACUUUGAUUUUAGAUUUAAUUAGAAAUAACUCUGUUGAAAUAAAACAGUUCUUUCUGAAACAAACAAAAAAAAAACAAAAAACAGAAUAAUACAGUAGGAUUCUUUCAACUUACAAAUAUCAGGCAGGUAUGUAAUGUCAGUUUCUGGAGUGUGUAUUCUUGAUCUAUGACUCAUUUGAAGAUAAUCUUUGGUAUGCCCCUGCCACAUGCAUGCUGGUGCUAUGAGGAAUCUGUUCUGUCGUUGUGAAUAUUUCAGCUGGAGUCUGACUGGCGUGUUCACAUUGUGUUGGUUUGAUGAAAUGCAGCAUGUUAGUGGAGUGCCUUUAAUGUAAAUUCCACCCUGACCUCUCUGUUCAAGAGUAAUCACUCCUUAAAAAUGAAAUAUGAUCCACGUUUGAGUAAUGGAAACAUUUAGACUUGUGAAAAACUGUCUUGAACCAUUGGGCUGAGCUGCCACUAAAUUAUUUCCCAGUUUGAAACUGGGAUUGUGCACAUUUAAAUAAAAUCAAAUUAUACAAUCUACCUGUGGGUUGAAACUGUAAGUGGAAACUGCUUCUCAUCUUAAAUUCUAACUGAGGCUGAUACUGCAGGACAUGUCUGCAGGACUGUCUUUGUUACUUGAACAGUAUUUUCAAUCUUUUGCAUUCUGUGCCGCUAAGUUGUAAAAAAUAUUGUUAAAAGUUAUGGAUCCUCAUAAAAUGAUUAUAUUAACCUGAUAAACAAAUAAAACAGUUGCUUUUUAUUUUUAUUUUUGA